AGGCCUAUCAAAUAAAUUAAGAAUAAUCCAGUGGGGAAUUGCCGAUUGCUGGAGACCGGCCCGAAGUUGCAAGGCAUGCGAAAAGGAAUCCAGCCCGUUCCGGGCAGAGCUUCGGCUGGAGUCGGGGUGGCGGCGGAAAGGGCGACAGCGGCCGCUGGCUUGUUCAGCGCCUUGGCCGCCAACGGUAGCGCGCCGGGCAAGAGCGCCGGUGCUGGCAGCCCCGGGAUCCGGCUCCUGACGCAGACGGCAGCGGCGGAGGGCUGCUCAACUCCCCGCGGGGCGGCCAGCAGGACGGGGCUGGCGCCGGCCACGCCGGGGAGGACUCCGGCGAAGAGAAGGUUGGCGUUAGAUGAAAGUGAUCACCAGUACCUAGCUGCUGAUAUAUGUACUCCAAAGGGAAAAGGCCGGGGUGCAAUGAGAAGCCCCAGCAGUCCGAGAACUCCCAGAUCCCCAUUGGAGAAGACUCGCUACAAUACUUCUCUGGUCCCCCUCACAAAGAACGUGGUUCAGCUCUUGGGUCAAUCCCCAGAUGGCGUGUUGGAUUUGAACAGAGCUGCAGAGGUCUUAAACGUGCCAAAACGAAGAAUCUACGACAUCACUAAUGUUCUGGAGGGUAUUCAUCUCAUUGAAAAGAAAUCCAAAAAUAACGUUCAGUGGAUGGGCUGCAGCCUGAUAGACAAGGAUGGUCUGCUGAAACGAUGCCAAGGUCUCAAUCGGGAGGUGGCGGAGCUUAGCCUGAAGGAGAAGAAGUUGGAUGACCUGAUCCAGAGCUGUACCUCUGACCUCAAAAAGCUGACGGAGGACUCUGAAAACCAAAGAUUAAAUUAUGUGACCUAUCAGGACAUCAGAAAGAUCCAGAGCUUUAAGGGUCAGGUGGUAAUAGCUGUGAAAGCUCCUCCUGAAACCAGACUUGAAGUCCCUGAUCCCUAUGAUAACUUGCAGAUACAUUUGUCAAGUUCAAAGGGGCCUAUUGAGGUGUAUUUGUGUCCAGAUGACUCAGCAGCAUCAAGUAGUCCAUUGAAGACUGGCAGCAAGGAACAUUCUAGAAGUAUUUCUCAGUUGUGUGUCCGAGAUUUGGACAUUUCUAAUGGGAUGGAGCAUGGUGAUGAUUUGGGUUCACAGUUUUCUCACCUUUCACCCUCGAACUCAUUGAAUAAUCUUUUGCAACAAACUGAAGAUCAGAUUUCAACAUCCACAGAAGAGGAAGGACUAUUUGUAAAUUUGUCUCCAUCAGUGCCUCAGGAAGAUUACCUGUUAAGCAUUGGUGAUAAGGCAGGAAUCAGUGACCUGUUUGAUUGUGAUGUUGAUAGGUUUUUCUCAAUGGAAAGUUUUUAUGUAAGUAAUUAAAUAUCCUUCGAUGAGCAGUUGUCGGUAUGGACCUGAAAACUCGAUGCAAAGUUGGGUAUUGGUGAUUGAUGAAUGGAAAUCUACAUCAGCUAUGGAGCUUUCUGCUGGUAAAACCACAAUGAGACCUUACUCUAUAUUGGCUACUGAAAUAAUUUACAUUGAUAUUUUAUAUUAAUUAUGUAUUAGCAUGAAUUGGAACUUAACUAUUGGUCAUCAUUUUUGUCUGAAUGGUGAUUUUUUUUUUGUUUUGCCUUGGACAUGCACAGUGUAAUCUUCAUUGUUCGAACACUUCAAAUCCUGGUUAGCAUUUUGACCAGAGUCUUCCGAGGUGAAUAAAUAAGCUGUUGAAGUUCUUUUAUUGGAGUUGAGAGUGAGGUGUAUAAAUGUUGUGUAAGAAGACUAUCCACAAGAAAGGACUGUGCUGGUAAAUACUUUGUCCUGUGAUUGUGCUGAAUGUAAUGGUGUCAGUAUGUGUGGGAUAGUAAGUCUGCUUUAAUACUGUGUCACCGUAAGGAGGAAAUGUUUAGAUGGGAAUAAAUCAAAAUGUUAAAACCAACUGGAAGAAUGAUUUUUUGAAACUCAAGAACCCGCAGAUGCUGGUAGAAAAACAAACUGCCUGAAAAACCGCAGAUCUAUGAGGAGAGGGGAACAGUUGAUAUAUCAGGUUGAAUACCUUCACAUGAAGUUUCUUAAAGAUGUCUUUGUGGAAAAAUCCAUUUUCACAAUUGUAGCAAAAUACAUUUUUCAUUCAUUUCUUUGUGACCUGCAUUUCCCCCAGCCCCUUCUCCACUGAGGUAUUGUCAAAAGCAAAUUCUGUCUGAUGGCUCAGUGUGAGGUGGUCCUUUGAUAUGGAUAAUUUUUAGUUUUCUUGCUGCACCAUCCUGUUUGAGGUACAACUGGCCAAAUUAAGAUGCUUGCUGAAUCCUCCCUAGUUCUUGUGUGUGGGCUCCUGUAGCAUUGACAUUUUGGAUUUGACCAUCUGCUCAAAAAUAGGAGCUUGAUGUAAUGAGUAAAAACAUUCUAUAUCAUCUCCCUUUCCAAUCUGUGUAAUGCAUUUUUGAUAUUAUUACUUUGGGCUUGAAUCAUUGGAUUAAGGUGGCCCAGACAAGUGGUUGAUUUCUGUUGACCAGUGUCAUGUUAUGCUCUAAAAGGUUUGUGUAGUUAACCUGACUUGUGUUAAGAAGAAUCCAAAAAAUUGAAUAUCAUUCCCUAGAGGACCAAGAAAUGCAGCUCCUGCAGAUGCAGACACAAUUGGUGGUGGGUGGGAGGAGAGGUGUGGAGGGAGGGUAGUCAGCGGAAAGAAGCUUCCUUGUAUCUUGGUAAAUGCAGUGUCUACUCAUGGAGUCAGAGACCAGUUCUGUAUCUGGUGUGCUCCGAGACCUGCCAAUACGUUAUCUGAUGUUAGCUAGGGCAGGAAUUAUGGUGGUACUUUUGGCCGUGGCUUUCAUGACAAGGGAGGGGAUAAAUCAACUGAGGUUUGACAGGAGUAGGAUUAAACUACACUUUUGUAUCUGGUCAAAUUUAAGUACUUUAGGCGUGUAUGUAUUACAACAAGUUGGGUAAGAUGAUAAAGCACAACUGAUAAUGCAAGUGUUGCAUUUGUCAAAGUCUUUGGGAUUGGAGAAAUGGAAGUUCUGUAUGAUGUGUGGACUUUUCCUUGCAUCAAAAUUCAGAUUCCAAAAUCUUUCUUUUACUGUAGAUUUGAAAAGGAGAUGAAGUGUGAUUGAAUAAGAAUGUGCUGCUUAUUAUUUGUGUACUUGGGAACAUCCAGUCUGAAAAUACAACAAUACCAUGUACAUGGAUUGAAGGAGGAGGAAUAUUUAUCUGGCUCCUAUUCCUUAUUGUAGGAAAUUGCCUUUUGCGGAGUUAAAGAUAGCUGAACACUUUUGCUUAAACCAUUUAGUCCUGACUCUACUGAUCUGCAGCCGAUACGUUUUAUAUUAAUUUUGAAGGCAAAAAGGCUUCAACGAUAUUUCAAAAGACGAAAAAAAAAACAUUUGUCUACUGGUUAGAAGAUUAACAAUUUGACAUCAAUUGUUAAGUCCUGUCGUAAUAUUAAAAACUAUCGAAUUGGCAUGGUUUGCACUCAUGAUAGCAGCGCAGGGGUAAGAAAACUAGGCAACCUUUGUUCCAUUGAGUCUCUGGAACCUUAUCAAAUAUCCACUUUAAUUCCAUUUCUUCCUGCAUUUUGAGCAUCUUGUUUUUUCCUACUUCCCCCACACCAGAGUUCAGGAUUGCACUCGGGUCACUGGCGCUGAGCCUUUAGAAGCUCUGUCACUAAAGUGUCAAUCUUCACUUGUUGCAGAAUGUGCUGAUUUAAAUUAUUUGGUCUGUACAGAAUGAAGCCAUACAAAUAUGUUUAUAUCAAUAUAUCCUGUGCUUUAAAACACCAAAACAAAAUCCACCAUCACCUGCCUCUGUUGUGGAAUCAGCAUUUUCUUUUAAUCUCAGAAACCAUGAUAUUUAGUGCUGACACUCUGCUUUUAACCAGUUAAAAGACAUUGAAAUUGCUUGUGGUUGGGGGGGUGGUGGAAUUUGACCUGAUCCAUUUAUUAUCUUUCUUUUCACCACAGCAACUUUGUCUAUCCCACUGGUCACUUGAGGCUCAAUGGCCAAGAACUAAAGCUGCAAGGCUUUUCUUGUUUCAUACUGCAAGUCCUUUAUUUAGGCAAAGCCUUUUGGCUGCCGAUUAUUCUUGAGUUGCAUGUGCUUCUGUCCAGUCUUUGAAUCUAAUGAAUCCAAACAAAUUCUGUUACGGUAUUAUCUCAAACAAGGAUAUAGUCAUGGACAGUGUUGGUAAGCACCUUAAACUGGUGCUUGUUUGGUUUUUGUCUGCAAUAAAUAAAAAAUGAUUUAUUGAAAUACAUAAAUGGUAAGCUCUAUAGUUCUGUCCAAAAAAAUUGGUCCUGAUGCCUUUAGACAUGUUACAGCAUGUUUAAUUUUGAAGAAAUGUCCAGAAUUUUGGGUGCCUUCAGUUUGUUCAUUAAUAAGUUCAUGAAGCUGUGUAAAUGUGUACAGAAAGAUCCAUGUCGGACUAUGUAUAAAGGAAUUAAAAGCAUAAAUAAAAUUUCAACAAUGACUUGUGAAUAUGAAUUGUGAAAAGGAUGAUCUAUAUUCUAUUUAAAGACUGCAGCUUUCAGUCAUAUUCAUUGGCUGUUGCUUUGCACACGUUUAGCCACCAUCAAUGUAUUUUCUUGCUAUUUUAUCCCCUCAAACUUUGUGCCCUUCCAAAGUUUACUACAACACUUAUUUUCGAGAAAAGGUACUGAUCAACCUUUGAGAUGAAUGCUGGUUUCAAGAUUUGUACAUAGCAUUUGAGAAGUGUGUAUCACACAUUAAAUUUGCAAAGUACAAGCAGAAUUCUGAAUUGUCAUAGUAUUUUGAACAUGUUUAAACUUUCAAGCUUUAUGAAAAAGCUUCCAUUGAAUUUCUUAUGUUUAAAUUUAGAUGAGUAUAAAUAAAAUAUUUGAAUUUAAAUGUCUUAUCUUUCUGAUUUAAUUUUGAUUAAGCAUCUAUAUGAUGAAGAUAUCAGUCAAGCACCUGAGACAGCUGGGGAGAGAUGAGUCGGGUCUUGUAUGUGUAUCUCCAGAGGAUUUUGGUGCAAAAUUCCAUUCUUUGCUUUGGGUAAUUAAUGCUUUUGGAGGGAUUUAACAAUAUGAAUGUCCUGCUAAAUACUCCACACUUUGAUCUUGCAUCUAAGUAUCGUUUGGGACAUUGCACUUUGCAGCCAAUGGACUAAUUCUGAAAUGUAAUUAUAUGAGAGCAUAAAAGGAGCAGGAGUAUACAUCUAGCCAUUCAAGACUUAUUUAUCACCGUCUUGGCUAAUCUUUUACUUUGUUGCUAUUUUCCUGGAUUAUUUCCUUAUGCUUAUCUAGGAAUCUAUACUAAUCUGUAUUGAAUAAAUUGGAUUGAAUCUCUCCAAUCCUCCAAUGAUUUGCCAUCCUUUGAACCACGCUAGACAUUCUAUCCCUAGUUUGAGAUACCUCCAGCCUUUAAACCAGUAAGACAUUUUAUGAUUCAGUAAGAUCUCUUUAUUCCAAAGAAUAUACAAUAGGUCUCUAAUCACAAACAAGAUGCUGGAAAUCUGAUUCACGUACACAAAAUUAUGAAGGAACUCAACAGACCGGACAGCAGCUAUGGAAAAUACUGAAAUGUUGACAUUACACUUUUCCAUAGGUUUAUUCAAUUCUCAUAUGACUAACCAUUGAGGUUUUUUUUACUGUACUCGCUCUGCAGAAAGUGCAUCCUUUCUCAGGUAAGGAAACAAACCUGAGAACUACCUAGGCUUUACCCACAGUCCUCUAUUUUUCAAAGCUCCCUGUAGCCAUCCAGGAGUCUCUUAAACGACCCUAUCGUUAAGGUCUUUACCACCGUUGCUGGCAGCCCAUUACACGCACUCACCACUCUGCGUUUUUAAAACAAAACUUGCCACUAAUAUCUCUGUACCUACAUCCAAGCACCUUAAAACUCUGCCCUCUUGUGUUAGCCAUUUCAGCCCUGGGGAAAAGCCUCCGGCUAUCCACAUGAUUAACCUAUUUUCAUAAGGCAUGCUCCCCAAUCCAGGCAACAUCCUUGUAAAUCUCCUCUGCACCCUUUCUAUGGUUUUCAAAUCCUUCCUUUAGUGAGGUGACCAGAUUGAGCAAAGUACUCCAAGUGGGGUCCGACCAGGGUCCUACAUAGCUGCAACAUUACCUCUCGGCUCUUAAACUCAAUCCCAUGAUUGAUGAAGGCCAAUGCACUGUAUGCCUCCUUAACCACAGAGUCAACCUUCAUAGCAGCUUUGAGUGUCUUAUGGACUCGGACCCCAAUAUCCCACUGAUCCUCCACACUGCCAAGAGUCUUGCCAUUAAUGCAGUGCUCUGCCAUCAUAUUUGACUUACCAAAAUGAACCAGCUCAUACUUAUGUUGAACUCCAUCUGCCACUUCUCAGCCCAGUUUUGCAACCUGCCAGCGCCCUGUUGUAACCUCAGACAGCCCUCCACACUAUCCAUAACACCCCCCAACCUUUGUGUCAUUAUUAAAUUUACUAACCCAUCCCUCCACUUCCUCAUUCAGGUGAUUUAUAAAAAUCACAAAGAGGAGUCCCAGAACAGAUCCCUGAGGCACACCACUGGUCACUGAUCUCCAUGUAGACCAUGACCCAUCUACAACCACUCUUUGCCUUCUGUGGGCAAGCCAGUUCUGGAUCCACAAAGCAAUGUCCCCUUGGAUCCCCAUGCCUCCUUACUUUUUCAAUAAGCC